CAAGGACGAACACAGGCAAAGAAAGGGGUAUAUGUAUCAUGUAUGUCUGAACCCGAUAUAAAGAAAAGGGGGGGAAAUCACUUUUAGGGUUUGUCUCACAAUGUCCGACAUUAAUCCCUUUUCGCCGGAGAAGAAGCCAAAUUCUGCAGAAGAACAAAGCCUAUGGAAUAGGCAUCUACCCCGCAAGUACUUGAAAGGUGAGGUUAUGUGGAAUGACGACGAUUUUAUGCCUAAAGACGCUAAAAAGGAGUAUAUUGAUGUAUUUCGAGCAUCUUAUGUUUUAUACUUCCGGCAGAUUUGUGAAAGCGAUGGUUUUGACGUUGACAUCUAUCCGGGUGAUGCUAAGGCAGCUAUAUAUACACCAUAUCUAGAGUUUGAGAAAGAAGCUGACAUGCUGAUGGAACUGUCUAAGCAUGCUAUUGACGAUUACAACAAUGUAGAAACCAAUGUUCACAAAUACAAGGUUUCUAGUAUUGAAAAAGUGAACUAUAUCUCAACCGAAUCAUGUCGAGAAUAUUUCAUCACGAUUAAAGUUGAUAAUCUCACUCUGCGCACACCUCUACAAACCUUUCAAAUCCAUGCAUACAAGGGACCACAUGGAGAGAAUGUUGUCGUUCUUUGCAGGAGAAAGACCUGAUGUGAGUUGGUUUAUCUGCUAAGCUGAAUCACAAGGAAGGGAAGACAGUUGAAGUAUAGCUUUCUGAAUCUUGUGCUAGUUGAGAACACUAAAGUUGUUAAUAUUGACUGACCUAUUUAUGUUUGAUGUAUUUUGGUUAUGUGUAUUGCAUAUACUGUUCUAGUUAUAUAAUAUGAUUUGGAUCAUUUCA